AUGCCAACGCCCCGGCGUGCCCGAUGGAAGCUCCAGGAAAAUACCAGUCCACAGCGCAACCGAGGUGACUCCUCCCUCCACAAUCAACCGUCGCACGCGCCAGACGAUGGCGUGUAUCCAGAGCCUGUCCCGAUCGGUUCGAACCCGAUAGCAUCGUCCUCGCCGUGGGCGAAAUCAAGCGUAGGCACAUCCGACGAAUCUGCCACCUCGAUGUCGUCCGUCGGCGAUGCGCAAGGGACAUCCCAUGAGCGAGGAGAUGACAUCUGCGUUGUAUGCCUCGAUCCCAUCACCGAAUUUUGCCAACUACACCCGUGUCGCCACCACAACUAUCAUUUCGGUUGCAUCGACGAGUGGCUGAGCAUCGGCCCGGGCUGUCCGAUCUGCACGUCGAGAGUUUCGAGAAUCGUACACGGGCCCAUCGGCCAGCAACGCACCACAGAGUAUCGAUCAAGCCCGACGUCGACGGUCGUCCCUCGAGCUGCGGCAGCGUUUCGCGGCAGGGCCCCUCAACCGCAGACGGUUCUUUCCUGGAGUUUGGAACCGGAGGGACUGCCAUUUCGGCGCCAUGUCUAUCGUCACCUGCGAUACUCGAAACACGUUGGCGCGAACCGCACAUCUGGGUAUCGGGAGGUCACGCGAGACAUGUUCUGCGACCUGCGCCUUGGCCGCCCCCUGCUGGACCGUGCUCGCAUCUUUCUGCGGAGAGAGCUGAGGGUUUUUGCAUGGUUGACGACGCCGGAGACGGACAGUCUCGUGCCGUUUGCGGGAGAAGACGGCGGAUUUUUUCGGCGGAGAAGGAUGCGCAUAACCGUCGAGCGCAUGCUCGGCCACAUUGUCGUUCUCCUUCAGCGACUCGAGAUUCGAGGAAGCGACGGAAGUCUCGAGGACGACCUGACCAGCCACCUCGGGCGCGAGAACGCAAGGCUCUUGCUGCACGAGCUCCUCUCGUUCCUGCGCAGCCCCUACGUCACCCUGGCCGAGUGGGACCGCAACGUCCAGUACGGAGACGCGCGCGAGCCUGAAGCUGGCGUGCCGGAGAUGAUGCGGCAGGAGUGCCAGCCAACCCAACAAGCUGCGGGUGAUGAAAACGAUGACGGAACGAGUCGUGCCGGUUCAAGAGGAGAACGGAGCCGAAAGAGAGCAAACGUAUGGCGGCAUGUACCGCACGGAAGCUGGGCUCGUGCUCCGGCCGACUGCGGGGAACGUCCCAAGAAGCAGGCGGCGACGGGUCACGUUCGCUGUGGUAAGAGAAGCAAGCCUGACGGUGGCCUGCUCGAAGGUUGGCCGAAAUAG